AUGUCGGAAAAGGCCCAGAACCCCAUGCGGGAGCUCCGCAUCCAGAAGCUCGUUCUCAACAUCUCCGUUGGUGAAUCUGGUGACAGAUUGACUCGUGCCGCGAAGGUCUUGGAACAGCUGAGCGGUCAGACUCCUGUCUACAGCAAGGCUCGCUACACCGUCCGAACUUUCGGUAUCCGACGUAAUGAAAAGAUCGCUGUCCACGUUACCGUCCGUGGCCCCAAGGCCGAGGAAAUUCUCGAGCGUGGCCUUAAGGUCAAGGAGUACGAGCUCCGCAAGCGUAACUUCAGUGAGACCGGUAACUUUGGGUUCGGUAUUAGCGAGCACAUCGAUCUCGGUAUCAAGUACGACCCAGCCAUCGGUAUCUACGGCAUGGACUUCUACUGCUGCAUGACCCGUCCUGGUGAGCGCGUCACCCGCCGCCGCCGUGCCAAGAGCAGAAUCGGUUCCGGCCACCGCAUCAACCGCGACGAGACCGUAAAAUGGUUCAAGCAGCGCUUCGACGGAAUCGUCCGAUAA